AUGAGUUCCGCUCCCGUAUCUAUGGAGGACCAGCAAAAACUUUUAGAGGAAGCAUUGAAUGUGGUUAAAGUUCAGGCAUUUCAAAUGAAAAAAUGCCUGGCCAACAACAAACUUAUGGAUGGCUUGAAACAUUGUUCUACGAUGCUAGCAGAAUUGCGGACAUCCGUAUUGACACCAAAAAAUUAUUAUGAGCUCUAUAUGGCAAUUUUUGAUGCUCUCCGACACCUCACAACAUAUCUAAUGGACGCGCAUACUUCGGGAAGGCAUCACCUUGCAGAUCUUUAUGAAUUAGUGCAGUACGCAGGAAAUAUUAUUCCACGUUUAUAUCUUAUGAUUACUGUUGGAAGUGCUUACAUGUCACAGAGAGAUGCACCAGUCAGAGAGAUUAUGAAAGAUAUGAUGGAGAUGUCUCGUGGUGUACAACACCCGACGCGUGGAUUAUUUUUGAGGCAUUACCUGAGUGGGAUGACGAGAGAUUCAUUACCUGUCGGGAGUGAUAAUGGUCCUCAAGGCAACCUUCAGGAUUCAAUUUCAUUCAUUCUUACUAAUUUUAUUGAGAUGAAUAAGUUAUGG